AGCAGUGAGUGGCUGCAACAAAAGCACAGAAUAACAUCUCAGCUCCUCUCCUCUGCUUUUCCCCCUCACUGCAUCUCCUUUCCUCGGUGCCGAGAACUCAACACAGCACAGCAGAGACACACGAAACUGCCGUCGCAAGCGCAGCCUCUGCCUACCAUCAACAAGUUAGGGAUGAAGGACCUCGAAGCGGUGAAAGAGGAAUGUGUGAUCUUCAAUUAACCAAUUGAGCUGACAUCAUUGCGGUGGAAAGGAAAAGAGGCAGCUAAGGGACGGAGGGAUCUGCUCAGCGGUGCUCCUUUGGAUGCAAAUCAUCAACUUCAGAUUUAAGGAUUCUUGGAAGGCAAAUAAUGUUUGUCUUUUCUUAAUCUGGGAAUUGAAAAGGACUGGAAAAAAGGACAGACGCAAAUAACAGGAAGGAAAAGGAGAGGAGGGGGAAAAAAAAAACAGCAUCCCAGGACAUGGAAUUCCUGAAUUCGAUUCAACUGGGGGGGCUCAGCACUUUAUUUCUGAAGAGGUUGAUUCCUUUUGUAUUUACCCAAAAGGCUUUUUUCCCUUUGGAUUUCUCUUCCAUCUGGCUGCUCCAAAAGUCUGCGGAAAAAGACAGUUGAAUGCAGCCUCCGAUGUGCACAAAAGAAUGGGUUUCCAUUCAAGGUGGCCAUUGGUGGGACAAGCACCAGCGGCACUUUGUGUGAUCAGCAUGCUACUGUGCCUCCCUACUGUGUCAUGCACAACCUGCCCCCAGAAAUGCCGAUGUGAAGACCUGCAGUUUUACUGCGACACACAGGGGCUCCUGGCGCCCCCAGACGGUGUGGAUAAAGGGGCCCUCGGACUUUCACUCAGACACAACAGCAUCAGCGAGCUCAGCUCAGACCAGUUCUUUGGCUUCACCCAGCUCACUUGGCUUCACCUGGACCACAACCAAAUAACCACAGUGCAUGAGGAUGCCUUCCAGGGGCUGUACAAGCUCAAGGACCUUAACCUGAGCUCAAACCGCAUCACCAAGCUGCCAAACACAACCUUCAUCCACCUCAUCAACCUGCAGAUCUUGGAUCUCUCCUUCAACCAGAUGACCGCUCUGGAGCCCGAGCUCUUUCACGGGCUUCGGAAACUCCAGAUCCUUCACCUGCGAUCAAACUCCCUGCGCACAACACCCGUGCGGGCCUUCUGGGACUGCCGGAGCUUGGAAUACCUUGGCCUGAGCAACAACCGGCUCCGUAGCCUGGCCCGGAAUGGCUUUGCCGGGUUAAUUAAGCUGCGGGAGCUCCAUUUGGAACACAAUCACUUGACCAAGAUUAACUUGGCUCACUUCCCUCGUUUGGUCGCCCUCCAGUUCCUUUAUCUACAGUGGAACAAGAUCAACAACUUAACAUCUACCAUGGAGUGGAAAUGGACAACUCUGGAGAAAUUGGAUCUCACUGGGAACGAGAUUCGUGUACUUAUCCCCGAGGUGUUCGAGACUUUGCCCAGCCUCAAGAUCCUGCUGCUGGAUAACAACAAACUGAGCAACCUCGACACCCAAAUCAUGGAUAUGUGGAAGUCCCUAAAUGUGAUCGGGCUGUCAAGCAACCUUUGGGAAUGUACCAAACGGAUCUGCAAUUUGGCCACUUGGCUGAGCACCUUUAAGGGUAGAUGGGAGCAUUCUAUCCUCUGCUACAGUCCUGAGUAUGCACAGGGUGAGGAAAUACUGGAUGCUGUUUACGGAUUCCAACUUUGCCAAAAUUUCUCGGCCCCGGUCGUACUGACCAGUACCAGCACGGAGGCCAUGCUCCCUGACAUCACGAGCUCCUUGUUCGGAAAUAUGCAGACCCCUACGCAAGACUUCUAUGCAGAGGAUUUUGGGAGCUUUACGAUUGUCACUACUACCACCACUACCACACAACCCCCACGCACUGCCCUCGCUACUACCAUGACGGUGGAGGGGGCAGAUGUUACAGAGGACUACUCUGCGAUGGACAACACAUUGCUGACCCAGAGGGUCAUCAUUGGUACCAUGGCUCUGUUGUUUUCCUUCUUUCUCAUCAUUUUUGUAGUGUACAUAUCACGCAAAUGCUGCCCUCCAACUCUGAGGCGGAUCCGCCAUUGCUCGGCCAUUCAGAACCGGCGACAGAUGAGGACCCAGCAGAGGCAGCCAAUGGCGGACCUGGCUACACAGGUGCCCUAUAAUGAGUAUGAGACCAGUCAUGAGGAGGGUGCACUUGUGAUCAUCAAUGGCUAUGGGCAGUGCAAAUGUCAGCAACUGCCUUACAAAGAGUGUGAAGUAUAAACUCUAUUUAUUCCUGCAGUUUAUGGGUUUAACCAUUUGUCCAUUUCAAAAGAUACAGGGUUUGCUUUUGGACUUUUCUUUCAUUUUCAGUUUGUAUGAAGAAGAAUAUUCCUUUGAAAUUGUUAGCUUUGAAAAUCUAUGAAAGUUUGAGAUGACUGGGAUGAAUUUGAAGAGAGGAAAUAUAGAGAAAUCCACAAGUUUAUUUUUGUAAUACAAAUGCAAAGCUUCAUAUCGAGCUGGGGCAAUCAAUCUCAGCAGAGGAAGGUUGGAUGUGUCACUGCACCGCCAGUUUGUGUACUAUGUAUUCUGCAGCACAGAGGAGAUGAGAAAUCUAUAGCCAAACCGCCUGGAACCCUGUGCUCCAGAAAACAGUUUAUAAAAUGUCAUAUCUUCUGAUAAAUGGUGAAAAUUUAUUUCAUGGAAAAAAAAUAGUGUUACAUAUGCUGAGCAGUGCAAAUUUAAAAGGAUAAAAAAAAAGACAUUUGGUGCACGUUAGCAACACUAUAGAUCUCACUCACACAUUCGCUUUUGGGGAGAGGAAAAAAAAGCAGAUGUAUACAAAGCAUUUCGACUCACCUUUUCUAAAUUGAGAACAAGUACUGUUACAAAUCAAGCCACAUAAUGAAAUUUAGAUUUGAACAGGGAAUUCAACACACUCGCAUUACUUGGCUUCCUCAUGUGGCAGAAAUGAUCGUUUCACUUUGAUCGAGUCUUAAAUUCAAACUAAUGAGAACACUUAACAGCCUACCCGUUUCUGCAUUUGGUUAAAUUCAAUAAACUCCGUCCGCUUCCUUGAACUCUUAAAGUCUAGCACUUUGUGUGAAAAGGUUAAUGUCCAAUACGGCUCUGCACUGGUUCAACAAAAUGUCUGUUGAACAAACUCCCUCUAAUACAACUUCAGCAGGGGUUUACUAAAUGUUAAACAGAGGCAACUGCUCUAUCAUUGUGCAUAUAUUCUUACAUAAGACGGUUCAAAACACUGACAUCUUCACUGUGAUAGAACAAUGCUGCUUAGAUCACUGCAUCAUUAAUUAAAUGGUAGAGACUAUCAAAGAAAGCUACACAAUGAAGCAAACAUCAGCUAGAACAACUUCCUAGGGAAAAGGGAAGAGCUAGAAAUCGGAAGGCAUGCAGAGGACUGACAAUUGUCUCCUAAAAAUAAGUGUACGCUUGGCGUCGCACUCUUCAAAUGCAGCAAAGAGAAUAAUCCCACCUGACAGCUUCAACAUUAAGUCAAUUAAGCCAGGGAAAAUUAAUCUAAUAUUACCCCCUUAAACCUCUGCCCUUUAAUUUUCAGCCUCUUCAGACAGUAGAAAAGCAGUACUACUAAAAAAAAAAAACUUCACAGAAAGAAGAGCGUUACUUCAUAGCCCUGCUUUUUCUAGUCCAUAAACACUACACAUACAAAAAAAACUUUUGUCUGUGCAAAAAACAUCUAGAGGUUCAUAGCAAGGACACAAAAGAAAAGCUGAAGCGAAGCAUAGCGCAGCUCUCAGGAGAGCAUGCAGAAGACGACGGGAGGCUGGGUCAGGAGACAUUUGUAUGCAGCACUGAGAGGACAGACAUUAGCAUCAAACUAAAGAAGCCGCUGCUGCAGUAGCUCUUUGUGUUGCAAUCAAGAGUUGGGGGCAGGGAUGCACAGGGGGGAACAGAGAGCAAAAAACACCAGUUAACGUCUAAUUGAAGUCAAUGAGCGUCUUAGGAGCCGCUGAAUCAGUGUACAGAAACCAUUAGAGGAAGAAAAAAAAAUGCAUGACAAAACAGUGACUGACAACACCUUGGGCAAGAUCUGGAAAACUCCGCAUGCCACCCUAAGACUAGCCGUAAUAAGGCUUAUUGGCUCGCUGCAGAAAAAAAAAUUAAUCAUCAAGCUUUAUAGCUUGAGAGAAAACUGUUAUAAAAAUAAACAUCCAGUCAUAUCCUGGCAGAGGGUUUUAAGAGGAAAGCUCCAAAUCUGAGAUAUUGGCAUUUAUAUCAAAGCUGUUUUUUGGUCACCUUCCUAAUGGUAGUAGGAGAGACUAAAACUUGAAUAAUAGUGAAAUACUGAAAUGAAGUGUGCCUGAACAGACUGGUUAAUGUUGUCCUCUAGAGGGUGCUAUAAAAUACCAUGAGUGAAGAACCAAUGCAACUUAUUUUCUCUAGCUGCAACCUUGAUAAAGACAGUUUCAUAUUGGUAAGGACAAACAGAGAGGGAAUGUAGGUCUGUGUAGCUUAUAUUUUCUGUACAUCCAAGAGGCGUAGCUGGGAAUUUCCAUGCUGUUGGGCCACAUGCUAACAUUUUACUGAGCCAAGAACAUCCACCAAUGGUGUUGCUUUGUUUUGGAUUUAGUGAAGCUGACCUUUGCUUUCUGCGCUUCUCAAAAACACCUUGCAUGAUUAUUAAAAAGUUUACCUGAAAUGCACAUCAGCACCAUUCCCAAAACAAAGAAAAUAAGGAAAAAUAAGGACAGACAAGCCUCGUAUCCUGAUCCUUUAGGGAUAUGAGGUAGGGGAAGAAGGAUUUUAUAAUGAAAUACCGAAACAUCUUUUUAAACUAUCAGCUUAUAAG